UUCUAUUACUCAUUGAUGCUUUUGGAUGAUAGAUUCUAUGCAGUCAGCUUCAACUUCAGCUAGGCUAACUGCAAUCCCUUCGCCCUUGCAUCUGCCUGUUUUCAACCAUUCUAUUCCGGUCUUUGGAAAACCCAAACCAGUAGUUCCCAAACGCAGCAGAGUCCACUGCUCUCAGUCUCAGUAUCACACAAUGGAAACCAAAGCUAAGGCACUAAGCUUUGAUGAUUUCCUCAGCAAGAAGCCCUACUCUCCUCCUCCUUGGGCAUCCCAUCUCAAACCCAUCCCUUCCCAUGCCUUCUCUCUCGCUCAUCUCCCUACUCCAAUUCAUAAGUGGAAUCUGCCUAAUUUGCCCCAAAACACCGAGGUUUGGCUGAAGCGUGACGAUCUUUCAGGCAUGCAAUUGAGCGGUAACAAAGUCAGGAAGUUGGAGUUCUUAUUGGCGGAAGCAGUGGAACAGGGUGCUGAUUGCAUCAUUACAAUCGGCGGCAUCCAAAGCAACCACUGUCGCGCCACCGCCGUCGCUGCUAAGUAUUUGAACCUAGACUCUUAUCUUAUACUCCGCACCUCCAAGCUUCUUGUUGAUAAGGAUCCUGGAUUGACAGGCAACCUGCUGGUGGAGCGUUUUGUGGGCGCUCAUAUUCAUCUUAUUUCAAAAGAAGAAUAUUCAAAAAUAGGGAGUGUUGCCCUUACUAAUGUUUUGAAAGAACAAUUGAUGAAGGAAGGCCGAAAGCCUUAUGUUAUUCCCGUUGGUGGAUCAAACUCCUUGGGAACCUGGGGCUAUAUUGAGGCAGUGAGGGAAAUUGAGGAGCAACUUCAGAUAAGAAGCAGUGGAGUAAAAUUUGAUGAUAUUGUUGUUGCAUGUGGCAGUGGCGGUACAAUUGCUGGUCUUUCAUUGGGAUCAUGGCUUGGAGAAUUGAAGUCAAAAGUUCAUGCUUUCUGCGUUUGUGACGAUCCUUAUUACUUCUAUGACUUUGUUCAAGACUUGAUUGAUGGACUUGAAGCAGGUGUUAAUGCCCGUGAUAUUGUCAGCAUCAUAAAUGCUAAAGGACUAGGUUAUGCAAUGAGCACGUCCGAGGAGCUCAAAUUUGUGAUGGAAGUUGCUGCUGCAACGGGUGUUGUUCUUGACCCUGUAUACAGUGGGAAAGCUGCAUAUGGGAUGAUGAAAGAUAUGGCAGAGAAUCCAAAAAAGUGGGAAGGGAGAAAGGUCCUUUUCAUACACACAGGUGGACUCCUGGGAUUGUUUGAUAAGGUUGAUCAAAUGGCUUCGUUGGUCGGGAGCUGGCAACGAAUGGAUGUUGGUGAAUCUGUUCCAAGGAAAGAUGGUAUCGGGAAAAUGUUCUAAAGCAGCAGUAUUGUUCUUUUCAAUAUACAUCCAUGGUCCAAAUUUGGUAUGGCAAAUUUACCACUCUAUGUACACAAUGAUUG